GUCAGCGCUCCGUGUCUAUGGCCCGCCGCGGUGCAUUGUGGGCGCCAGGCGGAACUAUGGUGGCGGUGUAGGGCCCGGCUGCGCAGGGUGCAGGAGGCCGCGCUGAGUGAAGAUGACAACAGCAGCAAGGCCAACGUUUGAACCUGCAAGAGGAGGAAGAGGAAAAGGUGAAGGAGACUUAAGUCAACUAUCCAAACAAUAUUCUAGCAGAGAUCUUCCUUCUCAUACUAAAAUCAAAUACAGACAGACCACUCAGGAUGCUCCCGAAGAAGUGCGUAACCGUGAUUUCAGAAGGGAGCUGGAGGAGAGAGAACGAGUUGCUGCAAGAGAGAAGAACAGGGACAGACCAACCAGAGAGCAUACAACAUCAUCUUCUGUGUCUAAGAAGCCUCGGCUAGACCAGAUUCCUGCAGCAAAUCUUGAUGCAGAUGAUCCUCUUACUGACGAAGAUGAUGAAGAUGAGGACUUGGAAGACAGUGAUGAUGAUGACACUGCAGCUCUUCUGGCUGAACUGGAAAAAAUCAAGAAAGAACGAGCUGAAGAACAAGCUCGAAAGGAACAAGAGCAAAAGGCUGAAGAAGAAAGAAUUCGAAUGGAGAACAUCCUGAGUGGUAACCCACUGCUGAAUCUUACUGGGCCAGCACAGCCUCAGGCAAAUUUCAAAGUUAAAAGGAGGUGGGAUGAUGAUGUUGUCUUCAAGAACUGUGCCAAGGGGAUAGACGAAACGAAAAAGGACAAAAGAUUCGUCAAUGAUACUCUGCGAUCAGAGUUUCACAAAAAGUUCAUGGAAAAAUAUAUCAAGUAGUGCAGUUUUAUGUGCAGUAGCGCGGAAGGACUUGGUAGGUCACAGCCGUUCCCUUCCCUCGGAAUUUAAGGCUGAAUGUUUGGUCAUGGAGUCUCAAAUGCUUUUCCAAGAUCAGCAGCAGCUUCAUAAUGAAUAAGUGCUAUGUACCUGGAGUUUUUAUUCCUGCAUAUUGUUUUCCUUUACAGUUUUAAUUAAACCAGUUUGUGUCUCAUCA